AUGUCUGUUCUUACGGAUGAUGAGCUUGGGACAGAUAGUUGGAAGCAUGUGAACAAAGUUAAGAAAGAACAUGUAUACAACAUGAUCAAGCGAGUCUUUCACUAUGAGGACGAUGCCGGAGGAAAAAUAAAGCGCGGAAUUAUGAAGAGGAUAGGAAAGAACUGGAAGGAUACAAGGCACAACUUGUAUCAUAAGUGUUACAAAGAAACAAGGACUUAUGAGGAAAAUCUUGAGCAUUGCCAAAAAGGAAUAGAAGAAAAUGAAUGGAAACGGUUCCUUAACUAUUGCCAGAAGGAAAAAACAAAGGAAGCAAUUGCGAAUGUUGAGAGGCAGGAUGAAUCCUCUAAGCACCUUUCACAAAAUGAUUUGCUAGCACAAGUUCUUAGAAAGGAGCACCCAGGACGAGUUCAUGCCUUAGGUGCCGGACCAUGUCCCACCCAAGUCUUUAGUAAUGUUGCUGGACAACUGUCGGGUUCUGCAGAGCCCAAUGAAGAGUAUGAGAGGAGAAUUGCAGAAUUGACGGCUAAGCUAGAAGAAGAGUAG